CACGCAACACAUCUUCCUAUUGUGCUCGGAGUGCAAGAAAUCUCGAAAAAACGACCUUUCGAAUUUCACUGGAACACCGAUGAAAUUUCUGUCUCACUUCUCUUGCUCCUUUUCCCUUUACAGCUGCCAGUCAGAUCGGAGUCAUUGCUGCUGUUAGGUUUGCAAAUUAAACGAUUCGGCCAGAGAAAUUUUGGGACGACAUGUUGUUAAGCAGCAUCGAAAUAUAAAAUAAUUCUUAAUUUUUAAUUUCUUACCAAAUUUCACAUUACGUACAUUUAUUACAGUAUGGUAAUUACAUGUUAAUUUGCUGCGAUCUGGAGUCACUGGAUCAGUUAUUCCCUUCAAGGUUUAAAAAUGGCGUUCAAGAAGUUGAACAGCUGAUUCUUAAUUAUUUAUAUCAGAAAAAUAAAGCCUCAGAUUAGAAAAUGUUAAGGGAAGGCUUAAGGGAUAUUCAUCUGAAGAAAUAGAAAGCUGGUAGUUUUCUGGAAUAUUAUGGUUAUAUCGUUGCAAUAAUUUAUAAGCGUUGAUCAGUAUUCGAACUUAAAGGUGAUGCAAAUUAAUGCAGAAGGAGAAAUUUCAGAUGACUAUAAAAUUCAAAUUAAAUUAGGAAGUGAACGUUCUUGUUUUUAUGUUUUUUUUUUCACUCUUCAUUUAUUAAAACAUUCGUGAUGUGACGUAAUGUUUGACACGAUUUUACUUCUCGAUACAUUAUUAGAAUGCGGAAACGAUUGAUGAAGUGUGCGCCGAGUGUUUUACACAAAUACGUAAAUCAAAUGGUAACUUUUCAUUACUGGGAGCUAUUUAUAAACAGUGCAGCUUAGCACUGCUAUCCACCAUAGUUCUUAUGACAUUAGCAAUUACCACUACGACGACACUUGAUCAGUUUGACAUUUCAGAUUAUUUGUACGGGGUGGAUAUAGAUUUGCAAGCAAGAGCGCGUGCAGGAAUCGAAGCCGAAAGAUUCACGUACCAAACGAGAGCUAGAUACGAAAAUGGGCCAGCAUCGGGUGACGCUCCAUGUAGGAUCAAACCGGAUAGACCAUGCCCGCCAAGCAAGUAUCGAACGCCUUCCGGUACUUGCAACAAUGUCAGACAUCCUGUUUGGGGAGCUCGGGGUGCACCCUUUUUGAAAUUAUUGCCAGCUGCAUACACUGACGGUAUCGCGAGUCCCCGUCAGUCGUUAAGCAACCACGUGCUUCCGACGCCUACGAAAGCAGUGUCGACGAUGAUCAACCACCUUCGUCUUUCGCCGGAGACUCACGAGGGUUUGACCAGUUUAUCGGGCGUCUGGUCGGAACUGGUGCUGCAGGACAUCGCAUCGACGGUGCACCCAUCGAACCAACGAAACUUAUGCUGUUCCGCGGGAAACAGCAGGCAUCCGGAAUGUUACGAGAUCCGUGACGAGGAUGGCGGAUGCAGCGAGUAUUGGCGAUCGGUGCCAACUUUGACCGUGUACAAGUGUAACUUUGACACCAGGGAACAGAUGAACGGUGCAUCCGCUUAUUUGGAUGGUUCCCAUAUCUACGGGGUAACCGACGAGCAGUUGCAUCAAAUUAGAAUGUACAAUCGAGGGAAGGUGGACGUGUCCGCGUGUGAAAUGUGUAACAAGACGGAGGAUCAAGUUCUUGGAAUGAUGUACCGUGCAAUUUUGAACGAGCACAAUCGGAUCGCGGAGAAACUCGCGGAAGCGAACGAACACUGGGACGAAACGAAGCUGUUUCUGGAGGCUCGUCGAUUGGUCGUGGCUCAGAUUCAACACGUCACGCUGAACGAAUACGUGCCGAGCAUUCUUGGGGAAGGCGCUCGAAUAGAUGCCGAACUGAUGCCGGUGACGAACGGAUUCUACAGACGGUACUCCUCGUCCAACAUCCCAGGCACGUACGACGGUGUCGCGUUGGCGGCUCUUCGCGCUCUCACGUCGCUUCGUACACAUCGGAUGAUCAAUGAUGCCACGCGCCUCGAGGACCAUGUGAUCACCUCGGCGAAUCGCGUAAGCCUUGAUCUAAGCGACUCGACUUUCGAGACCCGGUUGCAAGCGAACGCGCGGCUUGUCCACGUGGGUCGCGAUCAUGGUAUCCCCGGAUACAUCUACUUUGUCGCCGACUGUUCUGAAAACAAUGUCACGAUUCAGAAUUUCAAGGAUUUGGAACGCUUCAUGCUGCCCGUGCACGCGAGAUUACUGGAAUCCAUAUAUUCCCUAGUGGAAGACAUAGAUCUGCUUCUAGGUGGAAUUUUGGAAAUUCCGACCAAGGGCGUCGCGGUGGGACCAACGUUCGAGUGUCUCCUCAGAAGGCAGUUCAUCAAAAUCAGAAACUCGGAUCGAUUUUGGUACGAGAACGAUAUACCUCCUUCGGGAUUGAACGCGGCUCAACUGGCUGAGAUCAGAAAAGUUUCGCUAGCUGGUAUACUCUGCGCGAAUACGAACAUUCAGAGGAUCCAACCGAGGGCAUUCAUACGAACGGAUCCCUACUUAAAUGCUAGAAUAAACUGCGAUCAGUACUCUGCUUUGGAUCUAACACCGUGGAGAGAAGAGCCUCUUCCGGAACCGAUGAGAAAAGAAAUAACCAGAGAACCUGUUACAUCGGAAUUCAUUCCUAAUCUAAAUCCGAGCGUGAUAGCUGCUGCGGUGAAGAAGGCGGAAGCAGAUUUAAUCGAAAGAAAACAGCUCGAGUACAAUUCAUGGUUGGAACAAAGGAUAGCGGAUCCUAAAUCGCCAGCAGGUACAGCGGCUAGCUUCUCGAAAGCCAACAGGGACGCUCUGCUAUUAGCCAAUUCGUCGAUCGUCUACGAAUUGGCUACCAACGAAAUCCUGAACGGUAUACAUGGACUGAGACGUAGGAGACGACAAAUCUUUGACACUACGGACAACGUCCUUGGCUUUCCCAACAACGACUUUUCUGAUCUGCUGCAGAACGUGGAUAUAUCUGGAUUUUUAUCUCAGAAGAAGCCAACGAAUCACGAAGAAGUUGAAUGUCCGGUAGACGACAGCCCCUGCGAUCCGACUAGUCCGUACAGAACCCUCUCGGGUCACUGCAACAAUCUCCGAAAUCCCAACUUGGGAAAAUCAUUAACCACCUUCGCCAGAUUGCUCCCUCCCGUUUACGAGGACGGCGUGUCGAAACCCAGAAGCACAUCGGUCGCAGGGGCACCUCUACCCAAUCCAAGAGUGGUAUCCACGGUCAUUCAUCCGGACAUCUCUAACCUCCAUAACCGGUACACGCUUAUGGUGAUGCAGUUUGCUCAGUUCUUGGACCACGAUCUGACGAUGACCCCGAUUCACAAAGGUUUCGCUGAAUCGAUACCGAGCUGUCGUUCGUGCGACUCCCCUCGUACCGUUCAUCCCGAGUGUAACCCUUUCCCGGUGCCAGCCGGCGAUCAUUAUUACCCAACGGUGAACGUUUCGUCUGGUGCACGAAUGUGUUUCCCUUCCAUGAGAUCUCUGCCAGGGCAACAGCACUUGGGACCCCGGGAACAGAUAAAUCAGAACACCGGUUUCUUGGACGGUUCAGUGGUAUACGGUGAGAACUCGUGUAUCUGUAACGUGCUGCGUGGUUUCAAUGGACGUAUGAACAUCACUCAGAGCCCGCAUCGCGGAUCAAAGGACCUUCUGCCCCAGUCACCCACCCAUCCAGAGUGUAAAGCCAAGUCUGGAUUCUGUUUCAUCGGUGGUGAUGGUCGUGCUUCGGAACAGCCCGCGUUGACUGUCAUGCACACCAUAUGGGUCCGUGAGCAUAACAGACUGGUAGAAAGCUUGAGGCAGGUAAAUCCUCACUGGGACGGGGAGAAAUUGUUCCAACAGACUCGUCGUAUACUCAGCGCGAUGUUGCAACACGUAACCUAUAACGAAUUUCUACCAAGGAUACUUGGUUGGAACGCUGUUACUUUGUACGGACUGAAACUUUUGCCUCAGGGUUACUACAAGGAAUACUCUCCUACUUGCAAUCCCAGUGUACUAACCGAAUUCGCCACUGCGGCCUACAGAAUCGGGCACUCGCUUCUGAGACCGCAUUUACCGCGAAUGGAUCGGAACUAUCAGAGCAUCGAACCGUCCAUAUUACUGCGAGAUGGAUUUUUCGAUCCGGACGCGCUCUACCAGCAAGGCAUGUUGGACGAAAUGAUACGAGGUCUGGUGGCUACCCCUAUGGAGACAUUGGACCAAUUCAUUACCGGCGAAGUAACUAAUCAUCUGUUUGAAAUUCGUGGUAUACCCUACUCUGGAGUGGACCUGGUCGCGCUCAAUAUCCAUCGUGCCAGGGACCAUGGAAUACCGUCUUACAACAAUUACAGAGCACUCUGCAAUCUAAAGAGGGCGACGACGUUCGAAGACUUGUCGAGAGAAAUGGCACCGGAAGUUAUAGCACGUAUGAAACGUAUCUACGCGUCUGUCGAUGACAUCGACUUGUUCCCUGGUGGAAUGAGCGAAAGACCCCUUCAGGGUGGACUGGUAGGACCGACGUUUGCUUGCAUAAUAGCCAUACAAUUCCGUCAAUCGAGGAAGUGCGAUCGUUUCUGGUACGAGACCGAUGAUCCAAACAUUCGAUUUACCGAACAUCAACUGGCAGAGAUUCGUAAGGUCACUCUGUCGAAGAUCAUGUGCGAAAACAUGGACGAGCAGAACGAUAUGCAGCGAGCUGCGUUCGAUUUGCCUAGCAAUUUCUUGAACCCCCGAGUACCUUGCAGCUCUAUGCCUCACAUGGAUCUGUCUGCGUGGCGGGAAACGAGGCACGGCUGCCAAAUCGGUGGAAGAAACGUUGCUUUAGGGGAGUCAGGUUUCCCUACACCUUGCACCAGCUGCGUCUGUACAGCCGAAGGCACUCAAUGCGCUUCUCUCAGGAUCACGGACUGUAAUCAGCUUCUACGCGAAGCUUCUCGAGAAGCGAUUUUGCGCGACGACGUAUGCACGGCUCAGUGCGGUUUCGUUUUGGCAGCCACGGAAGCUACCUCGAGACUUCAACAAUUCACGACACCGGCCAGCUUUCCUGGUUUCGUGCAGCACAGGAACAGUUUAAGAAGCGUGCCGACGCCAGUUUCCUUCAAUGGAUUCAAAUUGCCAGACCUCUCGCAAUUCGUAGGCUGAAUGAGAAAGUCGUGUAUCGGUACUCGUUGCUUAUCUUAAUAACUAUCUCACACGCAAGACUCAUUUGUCUACCUUCGCGUGAAACUACACAAUGACACUGAGGUUUAAUUAUCUAUUUAACGAGCUGCGCUCAUUAUCGAUAACUAAACUGUACAGAAAUGUAAAUUGUACCUACGUACUAUAUGUAUUGCGUUUUGCGUGUGACACCCGCUCGUACCAUACAAUUUCAAACAUCUUCCCGAUGAGAGGUCAAGCGGUACUCGUAGUAUCGUAUUCGAGUUUACCUGAAAUUAUCAUUUCAAGUACGAACGUCGUCGUUUUAAUUCACAACAAAUACCUCUCAUCUUUUACUCGUUACGUUUAGUAGUACUGUUACUUGAUAGAUUAGGUAAGAAAUAUUUAAUUUACAGAUGAUGUGCUCUGAAAAAGUGUAAUCAGGUCAGUACACGACCACGGUGCCUUUGUAUAAACCUGUCAUUGCCAGUUUGAAGGAAAUAUUUGUACAGUGAUCUCGUGGUACACGGUUGCAGUGCGAAGACAAAAAGGACUCUAACAUAUUGUCAUGGUAUUUGCUAAUGUUGUAUCAUUGUUAGGAAGAAGAGGAAUGACCGAUCAAAUGGAUGUGAGUGAUAUGUGUUUUAAGGAAUUGCACUGGUAUUGUUCCAGGCAAAAUAUUUUUCUACUUGUAUAGUAAUUUUAACGCGAAAAUAACAAAUGCGAACACAAAAUUUUAUUACGAUGUGGUUUUCUUUCUCUACUAUUACACCUCUAUCUAAUUUUGUAGUAUAAUAGCGACAAUGAAUGUAUAACGUUAAUAAAUGUUAAUGUUU